UUUCAGCUAUACAGAUUUUGCGCCUGAGGUUAGCUGGGUGAAAGGUGAAAGGGCGAAUCAACAUGGACACCCUACCGGACAGUUUGUCUGCCAAGUUCAAAGGAUCCUUUGCCUACAAGACCGUGAAGGACCGCAUUCCGUCCAUUCUAGUGAAGGUCAUUGAUGUGUUGGCACGGAACUAUGGCAAGUUCAAGGAAGACUAUGGAGAGGAAGGAGUGGAGGAUGCCAAGGGUGUGGUUGGACGACUGUCAGGUCUGAGGAAUGAAAUGCAGACAGACAAACCUGUAGUUCCACUGACGGACACCAGGGCAGACAUUAAAAUAUGGAACAGGUACCUUGAGGAGGUGCGUGCAGCACAGGGAAGUGAUCCCAGCUGGUUCACGUCUGCGUGGCUGUAUGUGGAGUGUUACAUGUACCGCCGGAUCCAGCAGGCAUUGGAAGAAAGCACCAGACUGAGGACCUUUGACCCAUUCAGAGCUCAGAAAGCGGCUGGUCUGUUGAACUCGGAGUCGCCCAUCGCUAGCCUGGCCUCCUACGUACAUGAAGCCACCCAGGACCCCAGCACACUUACACAACAGGACAUCCAUACACUGUUCAACCAGCUCAUACAGGUGAACCUAUGGGGGAACAAGUGUGACCUGUCCAUCUCCGGUGGAUCAGAGAACUACCAGAAACAUGACCCCAUCCAGCAGCUAGCCAGUCUCAAGCCAUUCAUCAUCAUCAACCAAACUGACCAGGUUUGGGGCAGGAUCAGCCAACCCAAGUCCUCCAAACGUGUCGACCUGGUGGUGGACAACGCUGGCUUCGAGCUCUUCUCGGAUUUGGUGUUGGCAGAACUGCUGCUUGUGACAAAACUCGCUGACGUGAUACACUUCCAUCUGAAGGCCAUGCCGUGGUUUGUGUCGGACGCCACGCGGGAGGAUUUCAUGUGGACUCUUGACGUCCUGAGGGCGUCAAACCACGCGGCCGUGUCGCAUUACGGCAACCGGUGGCGCCAGUGGGUGGAGGACGGGACCUGGGUCCUGCACGAGCACGACUUCUGGACGUGUCCGCACGACUACAGCCAGAUGGAGGCGGUUGCGCCGGACUUGUACGCCGACCUGGCCAAAUCCCAUCUCGUCGUCUUCAAGGGGGAUCUGAACUACCGCAAGAUAACCGGCGACUUGAAAUGGCCACACACGGUUCCCUUCAGCCGCGCUCUGCGAGGGUUCCUGCCGUCGGCGCUGUGCACGCUGCGCACGCUCAAGGCCGACCUGAUCGUGGGUUUGGAAGAGGGGCAGGCGGAACGUAUCGAGAGGGAGGCAGAGGAAGCAGCUGAUUGGAUGGUUAGUGGCAACUGGGCUGUCGUCCAAUACUGUGAUCAGCUUUAAUGCAGCACAGUUGUGAGGAAAGGGCUCUCCAAAAUGGGACAGUACAAAAUUAGAUACGUAUGAUGUGUGUUUUACAAUCAACGUUAUACAUGUCAAAGGGAGAAAUGUUAAGGGCAACUUAUUAUUCAUAAUGACUCUGGGGAGUUUUGUAUUGUUUGUAAAACAUGUCACUAUUAUUAGUAAUGAUCAAUGCUGAAAUCAGAGGGAAACACUCUUAAAAGAAAAGGAAAUUUAUGGGAGGUCUAAUUUUUGUUGUUCAUAUCCUUAAGCAGGGAAGUCAUUGGGGCCCUGUGACAGAAUACGCGUACACAAUUGACUACAGUUGGGACACAAGUUCAGAAGCCUUUGAAGAGAUUCGUACAAUGUCAUAUAAGAGUCCAAAUGAUUUUUUCUAUGACCAACAGUAUUGUAGGGGACAGUGGACUGCCAUGCAAAGAUAACUGUUGCACUUUUUGAUUUUAUUUGCAUACAAAGAAAAAUCUCCCCCUCCUCCCCUUUGUGAACAAAAUGAUCUUGCCCUAGCCUUCUAAAUAAAACAUUGGCUUGCCUGAGUUAGUUUAGACGCUCCAGCCUAUUUAAGGAUUGGUUACGCUUUUACCAAAUCCCUGUCAGAAAACCAGGAAGCAAGUAAUCUUUGUUCAUUUAACACUAACGCAAAGGACUCAUCAGGCACAGUCUCAAGAAGGACCAAAGACGUCACAACCCAUCUUUGAUCUUAGAACGGCUGGGACUAUCCGUACCAAGUGUUUGUUGAAGGAUUUGAAAUCUUAGGAUAAAAAAGAACUGAACCCGUAAUACUGUAAGGGCAAGUUGGAUUCUGAUAUGAUUGCUAUGCUACAUGGACAUUGUUUGGGACAUACUGAAUUUGCAAUUAGAUUUGGAUGAUAUCUAUCAUAUUAUAUAUAGUAACAUCAGAUAUACAUGUAUGUUACACACAAUCUAAGUUUAAUAAAACUUUUCAAUAAUGCCUCAUGCCAGGAUACUUUUGGUGACUGUCUUUCCUGGCUUCUACAUCAUAGUUAACCAGUUUUGUCAGCUACUUUAAAGUCUAUGAUCAUAUUGAUACACUAUACAAGUAUACUAUACAAAUUGUAGGAAAAGGAAGGAAUUUCACCAAGUGAAAUAAAUGUAAAAUUUUGCUAUAGGAGAGGGAAGGAGGUUUUUGCAGUGUUUU